AUGUCAAGUACCGAAACAGGUCCCGGGAAGGAAGCGAUCGCAGAACGUGAGCGCCAGGAUCGUGAACACAGGGAAAAAGAGGCAGCGGAGCAAGCCACGCUGCCGUAUAAGUGGACGCAGACGAUUAAAGAUGCAGACGUGACCAUUCCCGUGGAUGCCAACAUCAAAGGAAAGGAUUUACGGGUUGAGUUAACCAAGGCUAAGAUUUUCGUGGGGAUCAAGGGCGGAGAGACGUUUAUUGAUGGUGCAUUUCCACAACCCAUCCAUGUCGACGAGUCAACCUGGACCCUCGAAACCACAUCCAAACCUCCCGGGAAAGAGAUAUCCAUACAUCUCGAUAAAGUCAACAAGAUGGAGUGGUGGCCGCACAUCGUCACGUCAGCACCACCCAUCGAUGUGUCGAAGAUCACGCCUGAGAAUUCAAAGCUGGCUGACUUAGAUGGAGCGACGAGGAGUAUGGUGGAGAAGAUGAUGUAUGAUCAGCGGCAGAAGGAGUUGGGUUUGCCAACGAGCGAUGAGGAGAAGAAAAUGGACCUAUUGAAGAAGUUUCAGCAGCAGCACCCUGAAAUGGACUUUUCCAAUGCAAAGAUUGGCUGA